AUGGCAGACACCGAACCGCAAGCCGUCCAGGUCGACAAGACCUCAGACGGAAUCACCACCAUCACCAUCAACCGGCUCCGUCGUAGAAACGCAAUCGAUGGCCCGACCGGCAAGAGGCUCACCGACGCCUUCCUAGACUUCGAAAACGACGCGACCCAAAAAGUCUGCGUCUUCCACGGCGCCCACGGCACCUUCUGCGCCGGCUUCGACCUGCACGAAGUAGCCAAAUUCGACACCAGCGACUCCACCUACAAAGGCCCGAUCAUCGACGCCAACCACCGCGUCGAAGGCCGCAACAUCGGCCCCAUCGGCCCGUCGCGCAUGCAGAUCAAGAAGCCCGUUAUCAGCGCCGUGUCGGGCCACGCCGUCGCCGGCGGCCUCGAACUCUCCCUCCUCGGCGACAUGCGCGUCGCCGACGAAUCCGCCAUCUUCGGCGUCUACUGCCGGCGGUUUGGUGUACCUCUGAUUGACGGCGGUACGGUCCGCCUCCCGGCUAUCGUAGGGCUGGGCCGCGCGCUUGAUAUGAUUCUGACCGGGCGCGGCGUGGCUGCGCGUGAGGCGCUGGAGAUGGGGCUGGCGAAUAGGGUCGUGCCGGAGGGAAGGGCGUUGGCGGAAGCGACGGCGAUCGCGAGACAGCUGCUUGCGUUUCCGCAGGCUUGUAUGAAUGUCGAUCGGGCGAGCUGUUAUUAUUCGGUGUAUGACGCGAGCUCGUUUGAAGACGCGCUGAGGAACGAGUUUGAUCAAGGGGUCAAGGUCAUCACGACGGAGAGCGUGAAAGGUGCUGCAAGAUUCAGUGGAGGGGCUGGACGGCACGGCACCUUUGAGGGGACGAAAUUGUAG